UUUAAAUCAAGGGAAACGUCUUUAAAUGCUAAGUAAAAGCCCUAACCUGGGCACCUGGGUAUCGGUAGGGGUCACAGGUGGAGAGGUGCGGGACGCCUGGAGUUCAGAAGUCCAGACCGGGUGGGAAGGUCUGAGUAAGGAGCCGCCCACAAGGAGCUCCAACUUCAGGGCGGGGUUGUGGAGUCGCUCUGGUGGAAAGACUCAUCCGAAAGCAAACGAGCCUGAGUCAGCGCUGCCCUAGGGGCCCUCCGCCCCUGGGGGGCGGGGGGGUGUCACAGAUGGGCCCCGGAGUCGAGUAGGGCAGAAGAAACUGGGCCAAGCUGCACUUUUACCUCGAGGGGCCUCGAGGGCUCUCCGUGUCUCUGGAGACAAGGGCACUACAAGGAUGUAGUGAUGAAGGAUGAAGAGUUGUAAGACGCAGAUCCGGCGCGGCCGGGAGGGAAGGGGUUAGGAGUAGGGUCCGCCUGGGCUACCUUCAGCCCUUAUCAGACGGACGACGAAAUGCGAAGGACUGCCUUUCCCGUCUGUUCUCCCAGCGCCUCCCUGGGGAAGGAGAGGAGAACUCCGUGUUCAGCUGCGGAGCCGGACGCCUGAAUUGGGAGGACAUGUUUGCUGCUUCUGCGUCUCCCCGCCGGUCUAAGUGGAUCGCUCCACCUAUGUCCUCCCCCGCUCUUUGGGCGCGAUGGACUGUUCCAUUGCCCCUCCAGUCUCGGGCCUGCGUUGCGGGGGACACUGGCACGGCCCUCAUCGCCCCCUCCUCAGGCGGGAGCAUGCUGGGGCUCCCAGGGCUGCGGCUCCCCCCGGCGGGGUUCCUCUUCCUGUUGCCAUUCCUGCUGCUGCUGCUGCCCACAGCCCCCGCGCCCCAUCGGGCUUCCUACAAGCCGGUCAUCGUGGUGCAUGGGCUCUUUGACAGCUCGUACAGCUUCCGCCACCUGCUGGAAUACAUCAAUGAGACACACCCUGGGACUGUGGUGACCGUGCUCGAUCUCUUCGAUGGCAGAGAGAGUUUGCGGCCCCUGUGGGAACAGGUGCAAGGGUUCCGAGAGGCUGUGGCCCCCAUCAUGGCAAAAGCCCCUCAAGGGGUGCAUCUCAUCUGCUACUCGCAGGGGGGCCUGGUAUGCCGGGCACUGCUGUCUGUGAUGGAUGAACACAAUGUGGAUUCUUUCAUCUCUCUCUCCUCUCCACAGAUGGGACAGUAUGGAGACACGGACUAUUUGAAGUGGCUGUUCCCCACCUCCAUGAGGUCUAACCUCUACCGCAUCUGCUAUAGCCCCUGGGGCCAGGAAUUCUCCAUCUGCAACUACUGGCAUGACCCCCACCAUGAUGACUUGUACCUCAAUGCCAGCAGCUUCCUGGCCCUGAUCAAUGGGGAAAGAGACCAUCCCAAUGCCACUGCUUGGCGGAAGAACUUUCUUCGUGUGGGCCGCCUGGUGCUGAUUGGGGGCCCUGAUGAUGGUGUCAUUACCCCCUGGCAGUCCAGCUUCUUUGGUUUCUAUGAUGCAAAUGAGACGGUCCUGGAGAUGGAGGAGCAACUGGUUUAUCUGCGGGAUUCUUUUGGGUUGAAGACUCUCCUGACUCGGGGGGCCAUAGUGAGGUGUCCAAUGGCUGAGAUCUCCCACACGGCCUGGCACUCCAACCGCACCCUUUAUGAGACCUGCAUUGAACCUUGGCUCUCCUGAGGGAUCCCUCAGGAACUCCCCAGCCCAGAGACCAAGUGGUAGCCUUGGAUGUCAGGCCCUGGUGUGCCCGUGACCACCUCAUCGCUCCCCCGCGGCCCCCACCAACCAGGGCUCCCAGGGCCCCUUCCUCCGCUCCUCUGUGAAAGGCAAAUCCUGGUUUCCGCCAUCUCGUGUCCUCUCGUUUGGGACUCGCUGCGGGCUCCCCCAUCCUCUUAAGGCCAAGCUUGGGAAGUGAGGAGCCGGGUUUACUCGUGGCUGCUCCUCGUCUCUGGCUGGAGACGCAGAACCCAGCCCCUGCCCGCCACACGGGUCUCCUUCCAGGCCACUCAGGACAUUUGUAGCUUCUGUUUUCCCCAUGUUCCCUGUUCGUCUGAACUCCCCUGUUGUGAGCCCUCCCAUCCCCCAGGAAGGACCACCCAUGAGAGUGGGCUUCCGAGGCUCCCCUAUGGGGACAUUUCCGUUCUUGAAGUGUCAGUGUUGGGGAAUAUCUGUGGCCUGUGAGGCCCAUCUCAGGUUUGGGGAUCCCCCAGUCCCUAUGUUCAGUAUUGGGGUGCCCUUGGGGGGCCCAGUUUCUUUGAGGCUCCAGCCCCUCUUUUAGCUACCCUUGAAUGGGUGUUACCCCUGUAUUUAUGGAAAUAAAGUUCCAUUUACUCAG